GCCUCUCCCCUGAACCCGGUCGCUGCUACCUAGAAGUUCUCUCUCGUCCACUUGGCGGGCUCAUCAGCCUCAUCCGCAUUCGUUCUCUAGGAAACUCUCUGUCUCUCUCAUAUAUAUAUAUAUAGAACCGUAUAGUGGUGGCACGUCCAGUGUAGCAAUCAUAUGUGGGCGUCGCAGAGAAUCAUCUAUGCUCUCGCUCUCACUCCUCCCCUCUCGUCUUCGUCCGCCUUCGUUUCCGGAACCUUCCUCUUGCUCCGCUCCUCCUCUCCUUCCUCCGCCCAUCCUGGCUUUCUCCCUCCCUCGCUUUCUCUCUCCUCUUCCAUCUCUCUCCCCCAUUCCACCAUGCCUUACAACCAGCAAAGGGGUGGGUGUACAGAACAAAAGUGGACACAAAAGCAAAAGACUGACAGCCCGUCCACGUCCACUGGGGAUUCUCCAGCAGCUGUCACUUACAGAGUUGGUGAGUUGAGUCUUACUGGAGGCAAUGGACAGGCCAAUCCUUCAGUUGAACCCACACAGUUUGGGAAGGUCCAAUUGGCAAAUCAGGGUCCAGUUCAAGGGCAGAAAGGAAUUUGGAUGCCAAAAUCAUAUGGGACAGUGAGCGGAGCUAAGGCGGUAGAAGUUGAAUCAAAUGUUGAUAAAAGUACAGUUGGAACCCAGGGAAAUGGAGCUCAACGAGCAGCAGCUCCAAAAACCAGAGUUGGUUUAAGUAAGCUGUUCAAUGGUAAUCUGUUGGAAAAUUUUACUGUGGACAACUCCACCUAUGCUCAGGUGCAAAUACGAGCUACUUUCUAUCCCAAAUUUGAAAAUGAGAAGACAGAUGGGGAGAUUAGGACAAGGAUGAUAGAGAUGGUAUCUAACGGCUUGGCUACCUUGGAGGUUUCACUUAAACACUCGGGGUCUCUUUUUAUGUACGCCGGUAAUAAUGGUGGGGCAUAUGCCAAAAACAGCUUUGGGAAUAUAUAUACGGCUGUAGGUGUAUUUGUUCUUGGACGGAUGUUUCGGGAGGCAUGGGGACGUGAAGCACCAAAAAUGCAAGAAGAGUUUAAUGAUUUCCUUGAGAGGAAUCGUAUGUGCAUAUCAAUGGAACUCGUAACUGCUGUUCUAGGAGACCAUGGACAACGCCCGAAAGAAGAUUUUGCUGUGGUGACGGCAGUCACAGAUUUGGGCAAUGGAAAGCCAAAGUUCUACUCAACCCCUGAGAUAAUUGCUUUCUGUAGAAAAUGGCGCCUACCAACAAAUCAUGUAUGGCUGUUCUCAACAAGGAAGUCAGUGACAUCAUUUUUUGCUGCCUUUGAUGCUCUCUGCGAAGAAGGAACUGCAACACCUGUAUGCAUGGCUCUUAAUGAAGUUGCAGAUAUAUCUAUACCAGGUUCAAAAGAUCAUGUAAAGGAGCAGGGUGAAAUCUUAGAGGGCAUUGUUGCUCGUAUUGUAAGCCAGGAAAGCUUAGAACAUAUGGAAAAAGUCUUGAAAGAUUUCCCUCCUCCACCAAUGGAUGGAGCGGGUCUUGAUUUGGGACCGAGCGCAAGAGAUAUUUGUGCUGCAAAUAGGUCGAGUGAAAAGCAGCAAAUAAAAGCGCUUCUUGAGGGUGUUGGCUCCUCUUUUUGCCCUGACCAUUCGGACUGGUUUGGAGUUGGAGCUGGUGACAACCAUUCCAGAAACGCAGAUAAAUCUGUGCUAUCAAAACUUUUGCAAUCUCAUCCUGCAGAUUUUUCUACCACCAAAUUGCAGGAAAUGAUUCGUUUAAUGAAAGAAAAGCGUUUUCCUGCUGCCUUUAAAUGUUACCAUGACUACCACAAAAUUGAUUCCAUAUCAAAUGACAACCUUUUCUAUAAAAUGGUCAUCCAUGUCCAUAGUGACUCUGCGUUCAGGCGUUACCAGAAAGAGAUGAGGUCUAAGCCAGGACUGUGGCCUUUAUAUCGAGGUUUUUUUGUUGACAUUAAUUUAUUCAAGGCAAGCAAGGAGAGAGCUGCUGAGAUCGCAAAAGGCAAAAGCAGCAUUGUGGAAGAUGGUAACAGUGGUAUGCCUGGAAAAUAUGGAUUGGCUGACGAAGAUGCAAACUUAAUGAUAAAACUGAAAUUUCUUACAUACAAGCUGCGAACCUUUUUGAUUCGCAAUGGUUUGUCAAUUCUUUUUAAAGAAGGUACAGCUGCUUACAAGACCUAUUACGAGAGGCAAAUGAAAAUAUGGAAUACUUCAGAACCAAAGAAGAGGGAACUCAGAAAGAUGCUUGAUGAAUGGGCUGUGUACAUACGAAGGAAAUGUGGAAACAAACCACUUUCAUCAUCAGUUUACCUCAGUGAGGCUGAGCCUUUUCUUGAACAGUAUGCGAAACGCAGUCCACAGAAUCAGUCUCUCAUUGGAUCUGCUGGAAACUUUGUAAGGGCUGAAGAUUUCCUGGCCAUUGUUGAGGGAGGAAGAGAUGAAGAGGGUGAUCUUGAGAGGGAGCAGGAGGUUGCACCAUCAAGCCCCAGUGCCUCAGGCAGGGACACUAUCCCAAAGGCUGAGGGUCUGAUUGUAUUCUUUCCUGGACUACCUGGUUCUGCUAAGUCAGCACUAUGCACGGAACUACUUCAAGACCCGGGAAGAAUGGGAGACGAUCGACCAAUUCAAAGCCUGAUGGGUGAUCUUAUCAAAGGAAAAUAUUGGCAGAAGGUUGCUGAAGAGCGCAAGAAAAAACCAUAUUCCAUAAUUCUUGCAGACAAGAAUGCCCCAAAUGAAGAAGUAUGGAGACAGAUUGAACACAUGUGCAACAGCACUAGGGCCUCCGCGGUUCCAGUUGUGCCUGAUUCUGAAGGAACCGAUUCAAAUCCAUUUUCUCUUGAUGCAUUAGCAAUUUUCAUGUCUCGGGUGCUUCAACGUGCUAAUCAUCCAGGAAACCUUGACAAGGAAUCUCCAAAUGCUGGCUAUGUGCUGCUAAUGUUCUAUCACCUUUACGAGGGCAAGAGUCGCCAAGAGUUUGAUGGGGAAUUAGUUGAGCGUUUUGGCUCGCUUGUCAAGAUGCCAUUGCUGAAGUCUGAUAGGAAUCCAUUACCUGAUCCCGUGAAGAAUAUUCUGGAGGAGGGAAUAAAUCUAUACAAGCUUCACACCGCCAAACAUGGAAGAUUGGAGUCGACCAAGGGAACCUAUGCAAAGGAGUGGACUAAAUGGGAGAAACAGUUGCGGGAUAUUUUAUUUGGCAAUGCUGAGUAUCUUAAUUCUGUUCAGGUUCCUUUUGAGUCUGCUGUAAAGGAAGUGUCAGAACAGCUGAAAAAAGGCAAAGGUGAGUACAAAACUCCAGAUACUGGGAAGAGGAAGUUCGGCGCCAUUGUCUUUGCUGCCGUUAGCCUGCCUGUUAUGGAAGUCAGUGGUCUGCUUGAUAGCUUGGCUGCAAAACAUAGUGAAGCCGAAGCUUUCCUCAAAGACAAGCAUUUGGAUAAACUUGACAAGGCUCAUGUUACUCUUGCACACAAGAGAAGUCAUGGUGUUACUGCCGUGGCUAGUUACGGAACCUUCCUUCACAAAACGGUCCCUGUGGAUAUAACUAAGCUUUUCUUCUCGGAUAAAAUGGCUGCAUUUGAAGCCAGCCUUGGGUCUGUCGAAGGCGAAAGAGUAGUGUCUAAAAAUGAGUGGCCGCAUGUCACCUUAUGGACUGCAGAAGGGGUUCCGGCCAAGGAUGCCAACAACUUACCCCAAUUGCAUUCAGAGGGGAAAGCUACCUGCAUUGCAAUUGACCCACCUGCCACCAUUGAUGGCACGCUGGAAUUUUACUGAGGUUUGAUCGGUCCGGGCCAGAUUGAGCUCGGCAUAUGAUUAGAAUGAAAUUUCAUUUGACGAUGCGGGUGUUCAAUGAAGAGAGAACCUAACUGCUUAAGUGAAGGAGAAUAUUUUGUAUGCCAUGAGGAAAAGGAAAUUUUGUUGAGUUGAUUUCUUUUCAGAGGUUUUGUAUACAUAAGGCAAUUAAAAUUUUGAAGUC